CCACGAGGAUGGGCUACUCGGACCCCACUUCCAGCAGGGAUUUGUUGGGGAACCGGACUUUGCUCUUCAUCUUCAUCUGCGCCUUUGCCGUGGUCACGCUGCUGCAGCAGAUCCUGUACGGGAGGAACUACCUGAAGAGUGGGCUGCAGUUUAGCUGGCAGAGUGGAGAGGAAAAAGCCAAUUGGACCGGCAGUCUCAAUUUCACGGAUGGCGGAGCCCUGAGAAGUUGUCCUGACACAGGCACCAGGUACUUUGAAUUUUACGAAGGCCCGCUUGAGUACAACUCCUCCAAAUGCCUGGAACUGAGGCGGGAUAUCACUGAGGUGAAGGUGCUCUCGAUGGUGAAACAGACGGAAUUGUUUGACCGAUGGAAGAACCUCCAGAUGUGCAAAUGGCAGAUGAAUGUCACCGCAGCCAAAUUCUUCAAGUCUACUUUGUCGAGGUGCUGCAACGCCCCAGCCUUCCUCUUCACCACCCAAAAGAACACUCCUCUGGGAACCAAGCUGAAAUACGAAGUGGACACAAGCGGCAUCUUCCACAUCAAUCAAGAAAUAUUCAGAAUGUUUCCAAAGGAGAUGCCAUACUAUCGUUCCCAGUUCAAGAAAUGUGCUGUGGUUGGAAAUGGUGGGAUCCUGAAGAACAGCAGAUGCGGCCGGGAGAUUGACAGUGCCGAUUUCGUAUUUCGAUGCAAUUUGCCCCCCAUUUCUGAGAAGUAUAUCGUCGACGUUGGCGUAAAGACCGACAUCGUGACGGUUAAUCCCAGCAUAAUUACUGAAAGGUUCCACAAGCUGGAGAAGUGGAGGAAGCCAUUUUUUGAUGUCCUGCAAGUUUACGAAAACGCCUCUGUGCUGCUCCCCGCCUUCUACAACACCCGCAACACGGACGUCUCGAUCCGGGUCAAGUACGUCCUGGAUGACUUUGAAUCCCAGCAGGCCGCCUACUUUUUCCACCCGCAGUAUCUCAUCAAUGUCUCGCGCUACUGGUUGAAUCAAGGCGUGCGGGCCAAGCGCGUCAGCACGGGGCUCAUCCUCGUGACGGCGGCCUUGGAGCUGUGUGAGGAAGUGCACCUUUUUGGAUUCUGGGCUUUCCCCAUGAACCCCUCAGGGAUCUAUAUAACCCACCACUACUACGACAACGUCAAGCCUCGUCCGGGAUUCCACGCCAUGCCUUCAGAGAUCUUCAACUUCCUCCAUAUGCACAGCAAAGGGAUUCUGAGAGUCCACACGGACGCCUGCAGCUGCUGAUGGUGGAGGACGAGGAGAGGUCAAUUGUUCUUCUUCCAGGUCGAGAAAAGGAAGGAGAUGACUCAGCAGAAUCUCUGUGACUUGAGAACCGAUUCACACAACGGAUUUUGAGGUAGAAGGGUCACCACAAGGUGGUUUUUGCUCCUUUCAGUGUUCGUAGCUUGUGAACGUGCCCCUGUGGUAAGGUUAUAAGUUACCACAUUCUGGAGAAAAAAAGAAGAAAACCGCCUCACUCAUGCUAGUGUGAAUAGGCCCACAGCAUUCAAUGUGGCAAAGUCUUGCUUACAUCGAGAGAUUUAUGCAAUAAUGUUGGAUAAACGUAAGUUUCUUCAAAGGCUUCCUCAAAAACUGGUGUUUCUAGUAGCCUCACUCGCUAUCCAGCCCUAUAGGGCAGCCCCCCUCAAACUGGCACCCUCCAGAUGUGUUUGGACUACAACUCCCAUCAUUCCCAGCCAACAGAGGUGGCUCCAACAUUCCCGGAUAGCUCCUUUAGAGUUCUGACGGAAACCUGGAGCGGAUUCAUUACCCCAUGAAGUUGGAGCCACUGGCAGUCUUCCCCCAACCUUGCAUCGUCAUGAUGUGAUGGACUGCAAUUCCCACCACUCCCAGCCAGCGUGACCAAAACAUCUGGAGUGUCCCAGGUUGAGGAAGGCUGGUGUAGGCUUACUGACAUUUGGCAAACCAGAUUUUAUCCAUCACAGGAAUCCACGCACAGCCCUGGAACCCGUAACAAGCAAAGAAGCACAUUAUCUAGAAAUUUUAGUCUAGAGAUAAGAGCACA